AUGUCGCUUCCACUUCAGCUCGCCUUCUUUACAGCAUUGGGUCUGUCCAUGGUAGACGCACAAGCGGUUUUCGCGCAUUACAUGGUGCAAUCAAUUGACGGAUCAACCGACCAUGCUUAUCAGGACAUCCAAAGCGCCAUGGCUGUCGGAUUCGAAGCGUUCGCGCUGAAUCUCGGUUCGACCGCGGACUGGGUGGAUGACACCGUCAGCCAGCUUUUCAAGCAGGCUGAAGGAACCGAUUUUAAAUUAUUCCUCAGCUUUGACAUGUAUCAGAAUUCCGAUCUUGAUCAGCAUAUUCCGUUGUUCCAGCAAUACCAGGAUCAUCCGAAUUACUACCGUGCGGGGCCUGACAACUUCCCUGUAGUCUCAUCCUAUGGAGGAUAUAAUGAAUCCGACGCCUGGGGCUCAUUUAAGUCGAACACGCCCGUGUAUCUGCUGCUCAACCUUGACGACAACUACGCAGGACAGGGAGACUCUUCACCCUAUUUUACUGAUCCCCGCGGGCAGCUCUCCAAUUUUAAUGAUAUUGUGGAUGGCUACUUCAGUUGGGAAUCUACCUGGCCAGCAUCGAAUAACGGCCCCGCGAAUGUUAGUGCUGAUGGAGAUGUCACUUUAAUCGAAUUUUCACACAAUGCCCGGAAGGACUACAUGAUGGGUAUAUCACCACUUCAAUAUAAAAAUCUCCAGGGGAGCACCUGGUACCGCGUUGGUGAAGUAAACCUCCCUCGGCGCAUGACACAGAUCCUCGAGAUCAAGCCCGACUUCGCAGAGUUUAUUACUUGGAAUGAUGCAGGCGAGAGCCAUUAUAUCGGGAACGUGUGGGAGGACGGCUAUGACCCUACUAUCCUCACCUACGCUAAUAACGAUCAAUGGCCACACUACGCAUGGCAGCCCCUGGUUACAUCGUUCAUCAAUGCGUAUAAGUCCGGGGUAACGGCUGAUCGGAUGCAGCCUCCGGCAGAUGACCCUAUUGGAGUAAUGUGGUACAGAGGCAUGCUCAAGCAUUGCGUCGACAACCCACCGCGAAACGCAGAUGCCGCGCUUGACGCAGUUAAUUUUGCCAUUGUCCUUCCCUCCUCCAGUGAGGGCAUGCAGGCCCAGGUCUCCAGUGGUGGGAAUGUAUUGACCACCAUCCAGCUUCACCCUGGAUUGAACUACGCAGCAGUUACUGAUAUGGUUGUUGGAAACCAGACCGUGAAUCUUCUGGAUACAGAUGGAAACGUGGUUAUGGGAGCUAGCAGCACAUCCGAAGUGACUGAUGACAGCGAGUGCAACUUCAACUACUACGUGGUCGGCUUAACAAAAUAA